UGUAUUUUACUCGUAGGGGGUACGUUUCGUUUCGCCGUGUAUGUUUUGCGGCUAUGUGUUGGGCUUGUUUAAUUUUCAUUUUCUGCAGGUUUUGAGGUGUUUAUUGACUUUAGUUCAUCGCGAGUGUGGUGAGUGUAAACGGACAGGAGGUUUGAUGGUUGUCACAAGGGCGCUCUGUGAAUCUCCGGCAAUUUUAACCGUAUCUGCUGCUGGAGCUUGGUGUAGCAAAGUUUCUACUUCUGCUUUGAAGGAGGCUGUGGAAAGACUUUCUUUACAGGUCCCACCUUGUGAGUGUGUUCAUCAAGAAGAGCUUCAGAGGUUUACUGAUAAUUUUGGGUCUUUGUUUUUCACCUAUUCUUUUCACGCUUCUUGUCAGUCAGUGGAGGAAGAACAGUCAAAUAUCCAAAAAUGUCUGCACAGACUCAGUCUUGUUCAUGCGCAGGUGGAAAUCAUCUUUGAGAUUAGGACAGAUUCAACAACACACAAGCAAAUGUUCAGUGGAGAGAAAGGAAGUAAAGUUUCAGUGAUGGAUCACAUCAUUCCUAUGGACACUGCCGCAUACGGACAGAGUCCAUUCUCUGUGCGGUGUUUCCCAUCCUGUCCACAAAUGCACCCAGUAUUGGGAGACACACUGAGUUGUGUGCUCCCUACUGACAUAAUAGAGGCUGGACUGUGUGGAGAACUGAGCAUGGUUACCAUGGCAACACUUGCACCCUGUAUGGAGCAGUAUUCCAACUGGCCCACUCAGCUCUCAUGCAUACGGAUAUCCUUUGUGAUGGUCACAUAAUAAUCGUUAUUAUUAUUUAAGAGCAUGCAUAUGAUUUUAGGCUACUUGCCUUACAAAUAUGCUUGGUCUUUUUUGGUAAAA